AUGACUGCAGUCGUGCCACUGUCGUCGGCUGCUGCAACCGGCACUUCGGGUGCUUCAGGUGCUUCAGGUGCUAGUGGAAGCGGAUCGCCUUCAGGCUCAGCUGGCAGUGGAGGAGCGAGUGCAAGUGGCAGUGGCUCUAACGCCCCUCAGCCAGCGUCCUCUAAAGGAAAGUCAUCAGCUAGUGGUGCAGCCAGCGGCAGUGGCACUGGCAGUAGGACUGGCAGUGGUUCGGGUAGUGCCACUGGUUCCAAAGUUUCUCAGCCAGCAUCCCUCAAAGAAAAGUCCUCCAACGCUGCAGCUAAUGUCAAAAGUGGCAGUAAAAAGGGCUCCAGCAUGUCCGGCAAUGCUAAAGUGUCAUCGCAUCAUUCUCAGUCUAAAAACAAGUCAAGUUCAAAGGGUGAAGAUGGCUCGAGUGCCGCCAGCGGAGGGCCGAGUGGAGCUGAAGCCAGCAAAGGUGGUGACACGUCCUCUGCUAACAAGUUGGUUUCUGCUGGUGGCUCAAAGAGCCCAAAGAGUAAAGCGUCUGGCUCAGCCGCUUCAGGUUCUAAUGGAGCUAGUGGCACCGGCAGUGCUGGUGGCAGCGGCUCAAACACUUCUCAGCCAGCAUCCUCUAAAGGAAAGUCCUCCGCCAGUGCUGCUGCUAGUGGAAGUGGAUCUAAGAGCACUGCUGCGUCAAAAAACUCAAAAAGUGCCAAAAACUCACAGAAAAAUNCCAAGAGCACUGCUGCUUCAAAAAACACCAAAAGUGCCAAAAGCUCGCAGAAAAAGUCUUCCAGUUCUCAGCAGGCUUCCGGUGCAUCCUCCAAAGCAUCUGCUAGUGGUAAUGAGCCUGCCAUUGAGAGCAUUGGCCCCAGUAGUAGUAAAGGCUCUAAAAAGUCAUCUACUUCUGUGUCUGCGAGUAGUGUCGGCUCCAAAUCAGCUAGUGCCUCUUCAGGNGCACUGCUGCGUCAAAAAACUCAAAAAGCUUCCGGUGCAUCCUCCAAAGCAUCUGCAAGUGGUAAUGAGCCGGCCAUCGAGAGCAUUGGCCCCAGUAGUAGUAAAGGCUCUAAAAAGUCAUCUGCAUCUGUGUCUGCGAGUAGUGUCGGCUCCAAAUCAGCUAGUGCCUCUUCAGGUGGCAGCUCAAAACAGCCAAGUGCCUCUUUUAAAAAUCCAAGCUCUCAAGGAAAGUCAUCGAAGGCUUCAACUACCACCACCAGUGGUGCUAGUGGCUCGCAAUCGGCCGCUUCUGGCUCUAAAUCUGCAUCCAGUGGAAGUGGUAGCUCAAACGCUGCUAGCAGUAAAAGUCCUGGCUCAAAGUCAGGAAAAGGAUCAUCGAGCGCUGCUGCUUCUUCUUCUAAAGGAUCGAGUGGAGCUAGUGAAUUAGGAAGCGGAAGUGCCAGCAACUCUCAGGGAAGCAAGUCAGCCAGUGCAGCCACUGCCUCUAGCGGAAGCAGAGCCAGCGGCUCAAAAACCUCUGGAGCAUCUGGUUCAAGUGCCGCUAGUGGUGCUGGUAGUGGUAGCUCCAGUGCCCCCAGCGGUUCAGGAUCAGGCUCUGCCACCACUUCAGGCGGUGGUGGAUCUGCUGCCGGCAGUGGAAGCUCCGCCAGUGGUGCAACUUCUUCAGGAAGCGCUAGUGGAAACAGUUCAAACACUUCAGGCAGUGGAGCGUCAAUGACCACUCCUAGUGGCUCCAACUCGUCCACUCCUCCUGGUGGAAGCGCAAGCGGAGCAAGUGGCGCGAGUGGCGCGAGUGGCGCGAGUGGUGCGAGUGGUGCGAGUGGCUCUGCAGGCUCUCAACCAAGCGGAAGCGGCAGCAGUGCAGCCAGCUCAGGAAGCGGCGCACCUUCAGGCAGUGGUAGUGGAGCCAGUGGCUCGGGCUCAAACUCCGCAAGUAAUGCCACCUCUUCCGGUGCCGCUUCUUCCGGUGCCACCUCCGGACCAGCCUCUUCUGGCGCCGGCUCAGCGAGCACUAGUACCCCCAAUUCUAUUCAAAGUAAGAAGUACUCUGAAAA